AUGUCUAAUCAUAAUUCUUUGUUUAACUCAAACUCUAGCAAUCGUAUAUCAGAUAUCUUUCGCGGGAAUUGGCACGACGUGCAAAGCCUCACUCCAAAAAAAUUAGAAGCAGAGGCUGAGUUGAACAAGGAAAAUCAAUUUGAAGGGAAAACGACGAACGGCUUGGCGGAAAGUGAUUGUAUAAAGACUGCGACUCAAGGGGAGCACGUGAGAAUGCCGAACAUCAAGAUCUUUUCCGGGUCUUCUCAUCCCGACUUGACAGCACGCAUUUGUGAACGUUUACAAAUGGAGAUUGGAAAUGCUUCACUCACAAAAUUCUCCAAUAAGGAGAUCAAGGUCGAAAUCAAGGAGUCGGUGCGAGGUGAAGAUGUGUUUAUCGUGCAAUCAGCAUGUGGUAAUAUUAAUGAUCAUCUAAUGGAGUUGCUAAUAAUGAUCAAUGCGUGCAAGAUUGCCUCUUCGUGCAGAGUGGCGGCUGUGAUCCCUUGUUUUCCAUAUGCACGACAAGAUAAAAAGGAUCGAUCACGGGCUCCAAUUUCGGCUAAACUCAUAGCAAACAUGUUGUCGGUUGCUGGAGCAGAUCAUAUCAUUACAAUGGAUCUACAUGCAUCGCAAAUUCAAGGAUUUUUCGACAUACCAGUCGAUAAUCUUUUUGCUGAGCCGGCCAUAUUGCGCUAUAUUCGAGAAUCGAUUCCGAACUGGAAAGAUGCAGUGAUCGUUUCUCCGGAUGCCGGUGGAGCAAAACGAGUGACAGCUAUUGCCGAUCGACUCAAUCUCGACUUUGCUCUAAUACACAAAGAGCGCAAACGUGCAAAUGAAGUGGAAAAGAUGACACUUGUGGGCGAUGUAAAAAACAAGAUUGCAAUUCUCGUCGAUGACAUGGCUGACACUUGUGGAACUGUUUGUCUGGCUGGUGACAAAUUGAUUGAAGCAGGGGCUGCGAAAGUGUAUGCAUUUUGCGUUCAUGGAAUUUUUUCCGGUUCUGCUUUGCAACGUCUAAACGAUUCGGUAUUUGAAGCAGUUAUCGUUACAAAUACUAUACCUCAGGAAGAGAACAUGAAAAUCUGCCCAAAAAUUCAGUGCAUCGACAUCUCGAUGAUUUUGGCUGAAGCAAUUCGUCGCACACACAACGGGGAAUCUGUCUCCUAUUUGUUUAGCAAUAUCAGCUGCAUGAAAUUGAUCAUUCUCGUGCUCUUGCUUUCAGUAUUUUCGAUUGUCGAAGCUCAGGUUUGGGAGACUGGAGACAAUUCGACAAUUAAAGGAUGCAGCACAAAAUGUGCCAUGGACAACUCAGAUUUGGAUUGCUGGAAUAAAACUCUCGAAUUCUUCGAAAAGAGCCUUAUCGCGCAGCUUCGUAACUAUGUCUCUGUUCAAGUGAAUAUCGAUCAAUGGUGGAGGAGACAUGGAAAAAGUGAUGGGCAAAACUUUGAAGAUGUUCGCGCGACAGCUAAAGAGGCAUUGGGAAAACUGAUCGUGGAUAAAGAUGUUCUUUCGUCAAACACAGUUAAUGGUGUGGUUGACUCGUUGAUUGAUCAAGCCAAAAAAUACUCGAAUCGAACAAUCUCAUUUGUUCCGCACUUUUCGUGUCCUUUGCCUUGUGAAUAUCGUCACGACAUGUACCGAAAUCUUUUCAUCGCAUCGGUGAUCUUGAACGUUUGUUUGGCGAUUUCCGUGGUUCCGUUUAUUCGACGAAUCACGAGACAAUACAAAGAGAGCAAUCUUUUGAUGGUUUCAUCAAGC